AUGGCUAAAUUAGCCGCCUUCUUUGGACUCUUCGCGGCGCUCGCUUGCGCUUCUCUGAUAGCCCAGGUUGAAAGUAAGGAGGUAGUGUGUUACUACGGAACGUGGUCCGUAUAUCGGCCCUCUAAUGGCAAAUUCACCCCGGAGAACAUCGAUCCCAACCUGUGCACCCAGUUGAACUACGCCUUCUUCCACAUCAAUACCGAUGGCACGAUCAAACUGGUCGAUCCUUGGGUUGAUUUGCCCGAUGGUGGGGGUUAUAACACUAUCGCCAAGGUAAACGACCUGAAGCAGAUUAAUCCCUCGCUCAAAACGAUCGCCGCCGUCGGUGGAUGGGACGAUGAACAUGCGGUUGCUGGCAACUUCGCAAUCGUCGCUGCCAAUCCUUCCCUGCGUGCUGCUUUCGCCAGAAAUGCUGUUGCGUUCCUGCAGCAGUACGGCUUCAAUGGUAUGGACAUCGAUUGGGAGUAUCCGGCUAAAUGGCAAGCAGAGGGCAAGUCUACGCCAGCGGACAAGGCAAACCUGGUACUUUUGCUGCAGGAACUGCGCAAAGCCUUUACUCGGUACGGCUACCUGCUGACGGUUGCCGUCGGUGCUACGCGAUCGCUUGGUGAAAUAGCGUACGACGUACCAGGCAUUUCUAAGGAGGUGGAUUACAUCAAUCUGAUGGAAUAUGAUAUGCAUGGUUCCUGGGAAAACAUCGUUGGCCACCAUGCUCCGGUGUACGCAGCAUCAGGAGAUAAUGCUGAGCUAUCGAUCCUGGACAGCGUUAAGUACUGGCUGAGCAAGGGAGCCGAUCCUGCCAAACUCAAUCUUGGAGUUCCAUUGUACGGCAGAACAUUCACCUUAACUGACCCGAGUCAAACGCAAAUUGGAGCCCCUGCCAGCGGUGGUGGUGCAGCAGGACCUUACACACGAACAGCAGGAUUUCUGGGUUACAACGAGAUUUGCGAAAACCGAUGGCCUCGAUACUGGGAUAACGUCAGAGGGGCCACUUAUGCCGUUACCGGUAACCAGUGGGUAGGUUAUGAUGACGUGCAGAGCAUCAAGCUGAAGUGCAGCAUCAUUGCCCAGUACGGGCUUGGAGGGGGCAUGGUAUGGUCGAUCGAUACUGAUGACUUCCUUGGCCGCUGUGGAACUAGGUACGAGCUCCUGAGUACCCUUAAAGGAUGCGUAAAUGGCGUUUCGUCAGCACAACCGAACCGCCAGCAGCCACAACUAUCAAGCCCUCACAGACCAUGGCGAAACGCGCUUCGACCCCUUCCAAACUUUCGAUUCAGUUUGUCUGCCGUGCCAAAGCUUACUUCCAGCAUCCAACCAACAGCAACAAGUUUUGCAUCUGGAGUAGCGCAAUCGCUACCACGUUCUGCUGAACUCGCGGUCUCUAUUUCAAGGAAUAGCUCUCCAUCUGCCACAGGACGAACGAUGUAUCUUGCCGAAAUGAUCUUUCUGCGUUCGAAAUAG